AUGCUGAGCUUGACACAAGUGGAAAUUCUUUCAAUUUAUUCAGCGGCAAAAAAUGAAGUUACAUCACCAGAAAACAAUUUUCAUUUCACACCAACACCAGCGAAUCUUGAAAUUGAUUCAAAAACAAUUCUGACCCAAACUCAAGAUUGCUUUUCAUUCUUUCGAUCUAUUUUUAUAAAAUGCUUUCAUGUAAUGGUUUCAAGCAUGGAACCGUGA